CAGGCAUCAACCCGGAAGUGAUUACUUCCUCCCUCCAAUUCCUUCACUCCACAGGUUGUGCUGGUUUUUCUUCGACGAAAAUGUACCUUACACACUGUCUAAUUUUCAUAAUGGCUGUGCCAUUGUGCCUUGGAACAGUACUAGAAAACUACGAGAAAAACAUUUCCUGUAACGACAUUAAGACCACUGCUGGAUUCAAGUUUCCUCAUAACGGAAGUGAGAGGAGUGAGAUAUUUGUGACCUGUAAUAAGACUGUGAUUGCGCAUGCUCUGAUUGCCGAACAAUUUUUUAAGUAUUUCAAUGAAGUGAUAAGCAUGGACAACUAUUCGGUCAUCACAAGAGAGUGCAGAGAUCUGGAAAUAAAAUGCAUAGUUCCUGAUGGCAAGUUUGUAAAAGAGAUCAUUAUCUACUAUAGAAUUACUGAGAAAGUAAAGAACCCCGAUCCAACUGAUUUAUCAACAACAUGGGGCCUCAUCAUUGCAGGUGUAACAUGUGGAGUGGCAUUCAUCAUUGGACUUUCUCUGUAUUUUUAUAAAAAGAAAAUGAAGAAGCAGCCCAGUGCAGCUCCAGCUUGUGAUGAACCAGUGAAUGACCAAAUAGAGAUGCAGAUGCUGAGUGAAAUGCCAUCUACCUCUGGUCCACUAGAAAGUGGCGAAAAUGAUACUGAGCGAGAUAACACACUUGAAAGUGUGCAUGUUGACAGUAUUGAUCCUAUGGCUGAUGGCAAGACUCCUCAAUCCCUUAGUCUGGACCACAACUUUAACCACGAGGGAAUCCAGCCAUUUGAAAAUGACCCCGACAAUAACAGAGCCUCUACACACCGAGCCAUCCACAGGAACCUGAGGGACGAUCCAGGAGGAAUUAAUGAUAAACGGAUCAGGAAAACACACAAUGGGUGCACUCUUGGUGUUCAAACUCCUGAGGAUCAUGAGAAUGAAGGACAACCUCUGCUGUUGAAUCAGCGAGCUGCCAUCCAAGCUUUUGACACGAGAGGUGAAGCCGCAGAUUUGGUGAACAAACAUGACUUUGACCAACACCAGAUCAGCGGGUGCCCUACUGCACCAGAGACUGACGUGGAGUCAACUCUCAACACAAAGACCCUAAACACAUAUAAAAUAGACUACUACUAAUAAAUAAAUAAAUAAAUAAAUAAAUAAAUAAAUAAUAAUAAUAAUAACUAUAGUCACAGUCAGGGUAUGUGGUACAUUUACUGGCUUCUUUUGGUAUCAAGUCCAGCACUUUUGAUUAAAUAAACGUUUUGAUCCCAUGAUAUUUUUAACAGGCCUGAAUUUUCUAUGAUUACAACAUCUAUAAAUCAUUCUAAAGAAGAAAUCUGUUUUUCUUCUUCAAAAAAAAAAAGACAAUCCCAGUGGAAACUGGAGUUGUGUAGUAUAAUCAAUCAUACAUUUACCUGAGCAAUAGUUAUUACAUUUUGAAAACUGACAGUAUAUGUUGUCAGUAAAAUGAAAAACACUGGUCACAUAAAUGACUUGGCUUGACCAAAGGAUGGGUGGACCGUCAGAAAAUGUACCACAUACAAAGCUGUGAGACACAUGAAUAUGAAUACAUCAUUAUAAAUAUGAAUGUAUUCAUAUGAAUGUACUUAUAUAACAGCUAUAAUGUAUAGUAUAAACACAUACGGUAUAUAUACAGUACUGUGUUCAUAUAUUAAACAAUUAUUAUAUAUUAUAUUAUAUUAAAUGUUCUAUAUAUCUCAUUAGAAUGUAUGAUUUCAUAAUACAACAGAAUCAUACAGUAUGUUUUUUUUCUUUCCAUUUAUAAGUAAGUUUGCAUUUACCCAUGUUUAUCCAUAUCACAUGAAUCACAGCAUGUAUUCUCUCUCUCUUUUUUCUUUUGUUUGCUUACAUACUCAAUUAUAUUGCUUUCGCUUUAACUGAUCAUUUAAAUAUACUAAUACUGACAAUAGGUUAAAAAAAUGAUGAUGAAUUGUUGUCAACAAAUUUGAAAUAAAUUCGCUUGAUUUCA